AUGAAGAAAGGAGUGCAUCCACAGAAGCAAUGGAUAUCGUAUGUUACUCAAUCUGGCAGGUUGAUGCAUGUGAUGAUGACAAAGAUACAUCCUGUUGGUAAAGUCUAUCAUUUUCGUGCUAAGCGUCAAAUGGCUGAAAGUUUGGGACAAAUUGCCAAGUUUAGACGCCGUUUUGGGUUGGAAAAUCCUGAGGCUCCUGAAAAGAAAUGA